GUUAAUGUGCGUAGAGAUACUAACGCUCGAUGAGGCUACGAUACGUCUCUCUCUGCUACAUGUGUUACUGAAGGUGUUGCUACCUGAGCAAGACGAUGGAAGAACACCAAGUAGUUCCUGACGUGAUCGACUCACCACCUCCAGCCAUAUUAAAGGUACGGUAUGGGGAAGCUGUGGUGAAUAGUGGCAACCAACUUACACCUACCCAGGUGGUGGCACUACCUACACUACUCUCCUGGCCAAGAGAGGAGGGUGCUCUCUACACUCUCUGUAUGACAGACCCUGACGCCCCUAAUCGACAGGACCCCAAGUCACGUGAGUUCCUUCACUGGCUAGUGGUCAACCUGCCCAGCUGCGACCCAGCCACUGGUCAUACUCUCUCUGGCUUCGUUGGUUCCGCCCCUGCAGAUGGAUCAGGGCUGCAUCGCUACGUAUACCUCGUGUACCGUCAGCCAGCUCGCAUCCAGUGUGACCACAACUUCAACAAAGUGGAACAACGGAGGAACUUCAGUAUCAGAAACUUUGCUGCCAAACACAACCUGCAGCUGGUGGCUGGAAACUUUUACCAGGCUGAGUAUGACGCCACCUGUGACCUCAUCCACAGACAGUUGGGUCUCCGUCGCUGAGCUACCACCACUACCACCACCACUACCACCACUAUCAACUACCACCACAGUCGCUUAACCUCCAGCAUCACAGCUAAGACUUAGAAAUUAAUUACAAAUUAUGUAAUGUAAGAUUAAUAUUGUAGAAUUUAGAGGCGAAGAUUAUUUGGAUUUAGAUGUAACAUUGAUAUUAUAAAGCUAAAACAAAGCUUAUCCCAGCUAGAUCAAGAUAUUGAAAUGUGCUCGUUAACGGCAGUUUUACAUAACUUGAGUUAAAGAAAGUAUGUUAUAUAUAUGGGCAGAAGUACUGCUACUUGACAGCAAGUAUAUCUAUAGGAGAUAUAACCCACCGGGUUACCCGAACCUUCCACCAAGUUAUCUGCAUCAACAUUUAAACUGUCAGACUUGUUGCUGUCAUAAUGGUGACACCAGUUGAUGAUGGUGAGGCAGAAUCUUGCAGCGUUCCAAUAGCACGACCAAAGUUGUUCAACAAUUCCAUCAUGAAUCACUGAUUCGAAUUACUCUGGGGUUAUUAAAGAGCGAUAUGGAAAUUAGCGUUUUAGGAGGGGGCUAGCUUCCUCGUAAUUACUAAUAAUCAUGGAUUAAUUAUUCAUGGAGUGAUUAACAAAGAAAGUAAUAUCUGCUUUGUAAUUUAGGAGUGUAAGAUAUAUACAACCCUCCCUAUAAUUCCCCCUUCGAUAUAUACGUAUAAUUAAAGGAAGUUUAUUGAACUAUAAUUUGACUAAAUAUUCAACACUAGAAUUACCCUGUUAUUAGCAAUAUCUCAUAAGAAACAUUAUAUUUAUAUUACCACUACAUUCUUCGGAUCAACAGUGACAUUAGAAAAUAAAAUAAAAUAGAUAAAUUUAAUAAACUGAAUAAGGUGUAAUAAUAAAUAAAUAUUAGAUAAUUAAAUUAUCAUUAAUAAAAUUAAAAAAAAAAAA